CCAACAUGAGAAAGCAUUGUUUUGGUUGAAUCAGAGAUAUGUUUAACAUCUAGAAUCUAGAACAGUUAACUCAACAAUUUUCAUUGAAUUAUAAGGGAAACAAAUCAAUAAUUAUUCUUACUAGUUGAAUCUGUACAUAUUUGCAAUCAAGUUGCGUUCAAAAUGGCAAGAAAACUUUCGUUCCAUUUAGGCAUUAUAUAGUCUCGCAUUCCUGCCCAUCGGUUGGUAGCUCUACAGAAAUGUAAGAUGGCUGAGAAAGAAAAUAUGACAGACGAAGUAGAGGCUCCGUCUGUUAUAUGUGAUAAUUCGAUAUUUAACUCAACUAUUUCGCCAAAAUCGUCACACAGCGUGGAAGGCCUGUCAUCGGAACUGAACGAAGCUGCUUUGAAUGAUUCUGUCCGAUCGAAGAAUGGCACGUCGCAGCAGCUCAACUUCCAAGAAAAGCGGCAGAUCAUCGCCUCGUCCUUAUCUCUCACCGACUUUAUCUCGGCCAGGAGCAAAUCAAACACCAACACUCCGGAGACCAAAAAGAUGAACGGCAGUGGUCCGGUGCGGACGGGCAGUCUGGGCAGUGCAAAGGCGAGGACACCGCCCGUCGAGAGGAAAUCAAAACUGUCCGCACUGGGCAGACUGUUCAAGCCGUGGAAGUGGCGGAGGAAAAAACGCUCGGAAAAGUUUGAGGCCACUUCCAAGAGCUUAGAGCGAAAAAUGUCCAUGCGUUCGAACAGGGAGGAUUUAGUGCAUAAAGGCAUUUUACUUCCUGACAGUACCCUCGACACAAUUGACGCUUCUCAAGAAGAUGCCCACAAGCAAAUCAAAGCAGACGAGGCGCCGGAAGCCCCACAUGAGCCCUCCUCGGGUUCCAUCCUCUCCUCGCAGCUGCCCAACAACAUUCCAGACGUUAUGCCAUCGCCCCUGCCGGACGUCCAGGGCAGUAUGCUGGAGCGGCCGCGCACUCUGAUGGUCACCUCGGCCCUCAAGGGCGGCCGGAAGGCCUUCGAAAUGGCCGCUGACUCUGCGGCGGCCGCAGCCGCUGCCGCUGGUCACAACAGCUACCCGGCCUCGCCGAGCAAUCCCCCCACCGUUACCACUGUGAUGCAAACGAGGGGUGGCUCCCUCAACAGGGGCUCCUUCGGCCUCGCGUCGAUCGCCUUUGAGGCGGCCGCCGCGGCCAACAAGGCAGCGGCUCACGCCGCAUAUGCCAUCAACCACCAACCUCUGCAGCCACCAUCGGUCUCGAACCUGAAACCGCCAUCAACCCCACCUCCAAUGUCCUACAACUCUCAGUACCUCACCUUGUCCCAAUUGCCCGAGCCCCCUAUCCCCAUUAUGGAAGUGGGACUUAUUCCACCUCCGGCCAUGUUCUCAUCUAACAGUGAUACACAGGAGACCAUCUCCGAAGAGCCCAACAAUCCCAUGGGGCCUAAUAAUGGCAUCUACUCGAUGGAGCCCAUUAACUACGCCGAGUAUUACGAAGAAGACUCGGAUCAAAACUCAGAUAGUUCUGAAAAGGGAGGCACGGCUGUGGACGACGAGGAUGAGCUUGAAAAUGAUAGAGCGAUGGCAGCUGCUCGAAUGGGUCUCAUUAGUAGUUCAAGGUAUACGAACAUGUUUCUCCACCGUAGCAUGUACCACCCGAUUCAGCCGAUGCUCGACACAUCAGUGGUGGAGGAAGUACCUGCGAAGGAGCCAAGGUUCCAUCUUUUACCUAUCAAGUCUGCGUUAAAGUCAAAAGACAGGCCGCAGUCUGCAGUGAUUGUUGCAAACUCAUCAGGAAAUGCUGUGGUAGAAGCUAAGGAUAACAGAACUAGCAAUCUUAUCAGAAGGCCAAGACUGAGGAUAAGUGGUGGCGUACGAGUGCUACGUUCAAUAACGUCGGACAAGGAAAACGCCAGGCCCACCCACCUGACUGUGACACAAACCACUCAGCAGCAGUUGCAAAUUUUACUCAACCCCUCGCACGAUUCAGACUCGGACAGCGGGGAUGAUCCUAUAAUGAACAAUAGAUUAACAGGUGUACGGGUGGCGAGGAAAGAUAGUUUAGCGUUGAAAAUCGCCAUGCGGCCGCCGCGGCAGGAACUGAUUGAUAGAAACAUCAUUCACCAAAGUAGUGAUUUGGAGAGGCAGCUUGACAAAGAGGCUGUUGGCGCAAGGCUGAAUAGGCGGCUCAGCAUGAGGCCGACGCAGGAAGAGCUAGAGGAGAGGAAUAUUUUAAAAAAACAAUCCCCAGCUGAGGAGAUGCAGCAAAAGGAAGAGAAGAAGCGAGUUUUACUGCGGAAACUCUCCUUCCGGCCUACGGUUGAGGAACUGAAAGAGAAAAAAAUUAUACGGUUCAACGAUUACAUCGAGGUCACAUGCGCCAGUGAUUAUGACAGGCGAGCAGACAAACCGUGGACACGUCUUACUCCCAAGGACAAAGCAGCUAUCAGAAAAGAGCUCAACGAGUUUAAGUCUUCCGAAAUGGAAGUGCAUGCGCAAAGCAAGCACUUGACCAGGUAUCACAGGCCAUGACAGGGAGAUGAAACAAAUCGUGUCCUUUAUUUGCAAGAGAUCGUCGGGCCGCUGCUGACAAACCGAAAGUACCGUUAAGUUGGUUUACCCACCGCCUGCUAAAUUCGGGACAGUUACUUUUUGUUUGGAGACGGACUUGGAUCAACCACUGAUUGCCCACCAAGUCGGUCAGGCCUUCAAUCAAGCAAUACCUGCCGUUCUUUGUUUGCGCAACUGCAUUUUAGUGCUGCAUUUUUUUAAGUACUAUUUCACGUCGUCGAUCAGUUACCAAAAUGAUUUGUGUGUUAUGAUCAAGCACUAGUUUUGUGUUCUUUGUCAGUCAGUUGAGCUGAUUCACAAACGGAUAUCCCGGACGCUUUUGAAGACGAAAAACGUAACAUGAUAACAUAAUAAACCCGCGCGUAUCUCGAUUUUUGUGCCCCUCGUCAAAACAGGUAGGAACAAUUAUUAUUGAACAGUUCUAAGUGCCAAAGAUUUAGCUCUUGUGUGAAUGUUUGUUUGUCCGUACUAAUCGUUCCCACGUGUCCAGUUUGGGUGCCAUCCCUGUUCAUUUUUUUUCGACCACAGUUCUCGUCUGGCUCGCGCCGAAAGGGGAAUUUUGUACAUAGAAGCAGAAACGCAAAACCACACACACAUACGUAGCUUCCCCGACGCGGAUUUUUCUUUUGAUAUGUUUAUAUUUUAAGUUGAUUUUUGGAGACUGAAGAUUUGAAUUAAUACCUAAUUACUCAGCACGCUGCGGGACAAAAUCCAUGUCGGAAAUUUUCAACACAAAUUUUGUCUCCAGAAAUGUGAUUCUACGUUUUAUUUUUCCGAGUGUUCACAAGCAUAAUAUAAUUAUUAAUGAAACCACAAGGCAUUCGCGGUGAUUGACAAAUCCAGCCAUUGUACGUUUUAUACCUACCCAAAUUGGCAGAGUUCGGAAUGUGAAGCGUUGACCAAAAUCAAAAGCGCACCUCUUAAUUUGCCAUCGCUCUAUAAUUUACUCAUCAGUAUUAUACUCGAUAAGUUUAAUUUGCACCCAAAUGAGCACACUUAAUUUAUAUAAAAAAAAGAUACUGUCCACUUGUCUCAAUCGGCCAAGGAUGAUUUUUACCAAUUUUCGCCAGUGUUGUUCCUUUCUUGAUCAAGUCACCCGAGAAAAAUUAGAACUAGUAACUUUAUUGUCGUUUUUGUAUCAGAAAUUGACUGAUUAGGUUUUCAUAAAUUUUAAAUUAUUAGUUCUUGACGCGACGAGAAAGGAAUAAUGCUAGGCUUUGGAAUUCGCAUCGCUGUGCGAUUCUGAAUUCCACACGAAAUUGUUGAUUACAUUGCAAAACGUUGCGGGAAAUAAUCAGGCAGCUAAUUGUUUGCUUGCUUCUUAAAGAGACUGGUGCCUGUGUUUUCACUUGAUUUUACAAAUUUUUUACACCCGAAACAUAUUAUUAUAAAAACACCUAUUCUGCUCAUUGAGUUUUUCAUCAUUAUUUGAGUCAAAUUAAUAAUUAUAUGAUUUGAAGAGAGUGCAAUCAAGAUUAUUAUUAUUGAGUUACGGAGCAACCACCACAUGGAUGUAAUUUUAGUUUUGAGAUUUGCUCAAUUUUGUUUUUUAAAUCUUGUUUCUUCGUUUUGUGACAAAAAAGAAGGUCCGCUUGCGAAAUUUCGUUUUGGUCAGAGUGGGCGGAUUUUAAUCAAUUAUUUGAAGUCUUACACGAGAAAUAUUAAACUAAAUUCUAACGUCGUUGUCUUUUGAAAUUUUAUCGAUUUUUAUACGACCAAAAAAAAUUGGCACUAAAUUUGGAAAGUGUUUUUUGCGAAAGUGGAUGCUUGGAUUUUUUACCUCUCGUAUUACAUAUUUAUUGCAUAGUUAGUUUAGUUGCGAUUAAAUUUAGCGCUCUUUUCGCGUUUGCGUUAACCCGAUUUUUGUUUUUAUUUUCGAUGAGUGAAAUUAAAAAGAAAUCGAAUUGGAAAAAUGAAGCGGCGAAGAGAGAUUUAAUUAUUUAAAAUGGCUUGUCAUGCGUAUAUUAUGUGUGAGGUCAUUCGCGAGGAUAAUAGGA